CGACGCCUCCUCCGACGAGAAGAUUUUGUUUUUUUGGUUUUGGUCACACGAACGUCGACUUUGAGCGACCGACGGAAAGAACAACAAUGGAAGAAAGCAUCGAGCUCGUCGCGAGGAAAUGUGGCCAGCAGCUGGACACGUUUCAGCGCUGCAUCCUCGCCAACCAGGCCAACCCUUCUUCCUGUGACGAGCACCGCGUCGCCCUGUCCAAGUGCGCCGCCGAUGCUGUGCCGCUGCUCUCGACGAUCAAAAAGACGUGCGAGCCGCAGCUCCGCGCUUACGAUGCCUGCCUCGCUGCCAAUACGCACAAAGGCGACGAAGAGCUCAGCAAUCAGUGCACGCCCGUCCUUCGCAAGCUAUGGGAAUGCACAGAGUUUGUCAAGAGGCAAGAGAUGGAGCGGACCGGCUCGAGGCCCGAAAGGCGGCCAGUCUGAGGGCUAUAGUUAAGCACUCGGUCAAGAGGCGCUAAGGAGGGAAAGUCAAGAAAGAAGUCUUUCAUACACUGUACAUUACAUGCAGCCCUGCAUUUGUGGGCAUCUCUAGAGUACAAGCAACCAUAUAUUGUCUUUCGUGU